AUGUCGGAUCUGCGGUACACGGCGGCAUCGCAGCUGGAGCACCUGCACAGCAGGUACACCGGCACCAUCAACGCCGACACCGAGAAGCACGAAUGGAUCACACAUCAGCUGCGCGACACCAGCUCGUCCAUCGUCGGCCAUCCACCUCUGCUCGCCUACCACGCGCUCGCCGACGGAGAAAGCAAAGCUCGCGUCAAGUUUGAGCUCACCGAGAAGAUGCUGCAGCCUUGCGGACCGCCUCCGCAAAAGGAGGACGAUUGA